CCUGACGUGUCAAUCACCCAGGUCCCGACCCCUGCUUGGCUCCUCUGACCACUGGUUGGUUUACGCCCGCGCCGGCAGUGAUGAUGAGAUGAUCCAUCACGCUGCCCCAGGCUACAGUGGCCGAGCUGCUGUGGCGCUGAACGACAGCGGAACAUACCAGUGCACUGUUCGCAACGCUAGCAGCAUGCAACACACACGUGUGGAGCUUCAAGUCAGAGCCAUCGGCUUGGACCCGGUGAUCCUAACGGAGCGUCGUGGUCGCCAUGGCAACAGCCUAUACCUGCGCUGCGUCUCGUCCGGCUGGUUCCCACAGCCCACCGUCAACUGGCUGGACGAGGAGGGGCGGAGCCUAGUGUCUGCCAAACCCCUGCGUGUCGAACCGGAACCGGGCGGAACGUUCCGUGUGGAACUAGGACUCCUGGUGGCGGGAAAGGGGAAACACGACAGCAGCGGCAGCCUUUGCCAAGUGCGACAGAUGGAGUUAGUGAAGGAAACUUACAGUAACCACAAUGACACAGAUUGGAAGGAGGAGGAGAAAUCGUUUCUGGAGAGGCACAUGCAGAAUAUUACGCCUGUGUUUGUUGUGGGGGGUGCAGUGUUUUCAGUUUUCAUGGGGUGGAAGAAACGACAGAAUCGUCAACGUCGGAAUUGCCAAAGGAACCAGCCUGGUGUCAACACAAAUGCCCCACAUCAAGCAACGAACCCUCCUCCACCAGCCAUGAACCCAACUGGCUAUGGGACUCCCCCUGCACCAGGAGGCUGGAGCCCAGCUGACUACAACCGGACUCCACCUCCAACAGCAGGCUGGAACCAAACCGGUUACAACAGCAGCCCGCCCCCACCAGGAGGCUGGAACCCGACAGGCUACGGGACUCACCCUGCACCAUGAGGCUGG